AACGCAUUUUAAUUUAAAACACCACCGGUUUAACGCCCCUUUGUAUAAUAUCUGCUGAUUGGCAGCGGCAAUAUAUUAAUAAUUUCAUAUAUUGGAUUCCACAAGAUUGGAUCAGAACGGUACCAGCGAGUAAUGUUGACAUCUUUGUGAACAUAUCGCAAUACACUUACCUCGGUUACUAUUUGAAAAACAAAAACAAUAAAUAACACAACAACAAACAAACAACGCUUAUAAUGUGAAAAUACUGAGCUCAAGCCGGGGAUUGAACCCACGACCUCCAGAGUGGUAGUACGACACUUUAACCACGUCGCUAAAGAGCUAGCCCAACAGUAAGGCUGUUGGAAGUGACCUUACUUUUCACUACACUCCUCCCCCUUUUAAUGAUUCAAUGCCCAGACACACCCGCUACAGCAUGUCUUGCUACCGCCCUACCAGAAACCAUUUAACAGCUCAGACCGACUCCCGCAUUCACAGUACCUUUUUGCCUCGUCGCCAUUAAUGUGAAAAUACUGAGCUCAGGCCGGGGAUUGAACUUACGACCUCCAGAGUGGUAGUCAGACAUGGCGUUGUCGGCGACUUUAUUGGCGACGAGGUACAAUUGGAAGUUACUGUGUACAGUCGGUUUCAAUAAUUAUUUUUCACUUUUUUCCAGAACAUCAGGUUAGGUACGUUUUGAAAAGUGGGUGGGGAAAUUGUGGGUUUUGAAAAUAAUUGGUUGAUUGUACAGCAGUUUCAAGGUGGGGGUUAAGGUUUAACACUGUAGUAAGGAGUAUCGGUGUAAUUAAUUAAUUAAUUACACGGAUUUAAGUAGCCAGUGAGUCUGUCAACAGUAUUAAAGGGACAGUGUUGGGAAAAUUGUAGAGAAAUAAGUAAAGCCAAGAUAUUUUAAUAUUUGGUCUAUUUGUUUAAGAUGUGUCUUUUAGUCACGCUGAAAACAUUUAACUGUCAAGCUGUGUCUUAUAGUCACGCUUGGUCAGUGUAUUUGUGAGGUCUUAGUCUGUCUAGCAAACCGUUUAAUUGUCAAGCUGUGUCUUAUAGUCACGCUUGGUCAGUGUAUUUGUGAGGUCUAGCAAACCAUUUAAUUGUCAAGCUGUGUCUUAUAGUCACGCUUGGUCAGAGUAUUGGUGACUGAUAGUGCAAAGGUAAAAACCUUAGUGUCCGUAAAGGUGACUGGUGGCUGUGAAGUCCUACAUCCAAAUAUCCUUUUACGUAUCCUUUCUUAAAAAACAUUGUUUGGGUAAUAUUAAUUUUUUAUUGCAAUUAAAGUAAUUUACACUUUAUUGAAUAUUUUGGUUUGGUAGUUCAAUAAAUAAAACAGUAGUAACAUUGUUUUUGUGUGUUAGUUACAUUUAAUUGGCCCUGCACUUGUUUCUUCAAUAAAAAUGUCUAUCAACGUGAAUACGGCAUCUGUGCUAGAAUUAAUGCAAAUUCCGGGAGUCGGUGAGAAAAUUGCUACCCUUAUUGUGGAAUUGCGCUCCUCGUAUGGGUACGUCACCAAAGAAGUGCUGCAUUUAGCCUUGCGAGGCAAGAUGACGUCAGAAGUGUUAGCCAUGUUGGACUUUUCUGAGCCAAAGCCUACACCCCGAAAUUUGAUGGAUUUUGAAGGCUGGUCUAUGCAUGAAGAUCUGAAUGCAAUGGCUGCAGCACUCUCUUCAUGUCCUGUGCGCCAUAACUGUGUCUACGAGUACAAGACUAUCAGUAUCACACACACAGUCGUCAUGGAUAAUCACGACUGCCCCAAUAAUGUCCUCGUGGGCGAACCCGCCGUACAGUAAGGCAUCAUGGCCUGGUUUGUUGACACAGACUAAACCAAUGGUCCGUCAUUACAGUCCUGUGAAGUUUGAAGAUGACCAGGGUCAACGUUCGUGUACUGGUGGUUCAAGAACCAGCUCAUGUUCUUCGGUUCGGACAAGUUUACAGGUCUCAAAGACACGGAAACCAAUUGGUCAGGGGGAGUCAUCGGAUUAUGAAUAUGGGAAAUUAGGGAAGUCUAGCUCUCGCAGUGCUGAACAGUACCCAACACCAAGUUCUAGAAAACAACGGGGCAGUGAACAAAGUGAUGUGGGUGGAUCACGGAAGCGGACAACCGGAAGUGAAAGUAAAAAUACUGCAGGUGGUAGGUCUUAUAGAUCACCAUCUCCAAGUAGAUCAUAUUCAUCAAGGGACAGCAGAGAGUCUAGAAGCCACCGGAAGGGGACAACCGGAAGUGCAAGUAAAAGUACUGCAAGGGGUAGGUUGUAUCGAUCACCAUCCCACAGUAGGUCAAAGUCACCAGAAGACAGAAGAGGUUCUUCACGCAACCGGAAGCGGACAACCGGAAGUGCACGCAAAAGUACUGCAGGUGGUGGGUUCCCUAGAUCACCAUCUUUCAGUAGGUCAAAGUCACCAGAAGACGGAAGAGAAUCUUCAUGCAACCGGAAAAGGACAACCGGAAGUGCACGUAAAAGUACUUCAGGUGGUUGGUCUUCUAGAUCACCAUCUUUCAGUAGGUCAAGGUCACGGGAAGACGGAAGAGAAUCUUCACGCAUCCGGAAACGGACAACCGGAAGUAGGAAAAGAACAACUGCAGGUGGUAGGUCUUUUAGAUCACCAUCUUCCAGUGGAUCACAGUCACCAGAAGAUAAAAGAAGGUCUUCACGUAGUAUUCGGAAGUCUAAGACUUACAGCGACAAAGAGCACCGGAAGUCACCAACAAGAGAUGGAAGCAAAGAUAAUGGAAGGACUUAUAGUUCUCCAUUAUCAUCAUCUAAAAAACGGUCGACAGUUACACACAGGACAAACGGACGACAAUCAAGAAGUCAAAAAGUAAAGGUGCAUAGAUCGUCGUCCAGUUCUGAUUCAGAUGGAAGUGUAAUACCACGUAGAUGCCCCUCAGUACACAUGAAAAGUAAAAGGAACACAAGAAGGGCACAUUCACGUCAGUCAUCGAGCUCAUACUCCGAAUCAAGGUCAAGGUCACAUAACGAUAGGGCAAAGAACAAUUGAAAGAACGAUAACGAUGGUUCUUCUCACAAACGUAGCUCUCGAAGACAGGGUGAUCCUCGGAAACAUCCGAAGGCGUUGCGUUAUGAUGGGAAAACCAGUUGGCUAUCCUUUAAGCGAAAGUUUGAAAGUUUUCAAAGGGUGAUGAAUUGGGCUGAAGACGAAUGUAAAGAUUAUCUGUUGUGGAGUUUAGAGGGCAAGGCUCUUGACUUCUUCACUAUUACUACAACAGAAAAUGAACGAUAUUCAUUUCGUCGUUUAAUGAAGUCGUUGGAGUCUCGUUUCGGUACCAAGGAACUUCGUGAGACGUCGAAAGCUAAGUUCCGUCAAGCUGUUCAAUGGCAUGAGGAGUCGCUGGAAGACUGGGCUGACCGUGUGCUUACUUUAGCCACACCAGCGUUUACGGACCUUCCAGAAGACCAUAUGCGGUUUGAAGCGAUUUCCCGGUUUUGCCAGGGUUGUAAUGACAGAGAGGCAGCCAAGCAUGCUUGUUUAGAAAAUCCUUCACGCAUGGAAGAAGCUCUCGACCUGGUUAAACAGCACCAAUACAUAUCGCUGGCGGUAGAUGGCAAAAAGAACAGACGGGGCCGAGAAGACAUUUCAGUAAAUGCGGUGCAGGCAUCUUCAGAAGCAAAGACAGAAGAGCUUAUAGCAUCUGCUUUGAAAGAAUUUGCCAAGAAAAUGCACAUUACCCCGCCUUCAGCCGUGGUAAGAGAGACACAGCCUGGUGGGAAGCCACAAAGAUGGGGGCCAUGUUUUCACUGUGGAAGGAUGGGUCACCGGAAGAGAGAUUGUAUACAAUUUCAGGAAUUGUUGAAGAAAAAAGGAUAUAAGCCCGAACGUUUAAACGACAAGGGGAUGGACGGGAAGACCACACGUCCAAGCCCACAAAAGUGAAGACUGUUGGUCCACCAGAAAGGUCGGUUGGGAAGAGAGAGAUAGGGGCGUCUUCUAAUGGCAGGGUCUGUGACUCGCCAAAGGUUUUCAAGAAAUCCCAACAGAUGAUAUCUCAGCAAAAAUAACAACAAAGUAUAAAGAUCGUUGAUGUUCUUAAACGACCAGUUAACUGUGAACCACAAGUGAAUCAAUCAGCUGUUACAGAUUCAUGCGGUAGGGUCUUUGACUCGCCAAACAUGUUAGAAGUACCAAAACAGGCUGAAGAGGGGAGUAGUCAGAAUAGCUCACAGUAUAAUCCGCCAGUUUCAGUAAGAAUUUCUGUAGGUGGGGCCUGUGGCUCGCCUACACGGAAAGAGCAAAUGCAGAAGGAUCCAUUGAGUCAACAGGAAGUACAGUCAAGUUUGAGUCAAAGUGAUGACGGUAAAGAUAAGGAGUCCACUGAGCAGGGGACAAGCUCCGGAGGGCCAAGUGACUCAAUAAAGAUAUGCCGGGUACAGGCAGGUUCUUCUGUAGUGCAAAUCACGAUUGGUGAUUUAUUACUGAAUACAAAAUUGGAUUCGGGGGCAGAAAUUUCGAUUCUUUCUUCAAGAAUGUAUGAUAAGUUGAAGAAAGCUCCGAAAAAGGUCCAAGAUGUAGUAAUGCAGAUGGCUGACGCAGAAACGGCUCUUAAAGGGUUCAUAAUAGCACCUAUAAGUAUAAAAUUGGGCAGCCGUUGCUUCAAAGAAAGGAUUUAUGUGGCUCCAAUCGUCGAUGAAAUGCUUUUAGGGCAUGACAUUUUGCAUCAUCUUGGAGUAUUGUUAGAUAUGCAAUCAGACACGUUGAUACUGGAUGGGGAAAUAAUACCAGUUAGCUCUAGUUUCAAAGAAGGGAAGCCGACGGUGGCUAGAGUGAUGUUGAAAAAGAGAGUGGUGGUCCCACCUUAUUCGGUGGUACGCUUGCCUUGUAAGUUAGAUGCACCCAUGCCCAGUGACUACGUUGUCGAAUCGUUGGGGACACAUAAAGUUCUGAUGCCAAGGACAGUUAUGGCAGCCAACAGGGAUCCAUUGGUGUGUUUCAUCAAUGUUAAAGAGACUUUUGCAACAUUGAGGAAAAACACGUUGAUUGCAAUGGCUUGUGAGGUAUUUAGUUACCUUGAAGGGUCACAAGAACCUGAUGUUUCUUAUAGUAACUCAGGGUUAAAUGUCUCCGCAGUAAAUGAGAACCAGUUAGGGGAGAUGAAGACAUCUUGUUCUCAGCUCCCAACACUAGAAACAGAUGGGAAAUCUAAAACUAGCCUUCCAGAACAUCUUAAAGGCCUUUAUGAGUCAUCCAUUACAUGCCUCAAUGAAGAACAAAGCCAGAAAUUGUAUGCAUGCUUAUCGGAAUAUCAAGAUGUCUUUGCACAAGAUGAUUUCGAUUUGGGAACUUUUACGGGAAUCGACCACAAAAUCGAUACCGGAGAUGCAAAGCCAAUUAAGCAGCGCAUGAGACGAACACCGGCUUGUUUUGUAAAUGAGGAAGAAGGGCAUUUAAGAAAAAUGCUAGAUGCAGGCGUUAUUCAAGUGUCUGUUUCUGAUUGGGCGUCAUCGCCAGUUCUCAUACGGAAAAGAGAUGGUGGUGUAUCGACUACAGAGUCUUGAAUGAUGUGACUGUUAAAGAUACAUUUCCAUUACCGUUGAUUGAGGAUUGCCUAGACACCCUUGCGGGAAACCUGUGGUUUUCAAAAUUGGAUGUAAAUUCCGCUUAUUGGCAGGUUCUGGUCAAUCCUGAAGAUCGAAAGAAGACUGCGUGUGUGACCAAAUAUGGGUUGUUUGAACAUGUGCGUAUGGGUUUUGGAAUGAGCAAUUCUCCCGCCACAUUUUCCCGGGUUAUCAACCUGGUGUUGCCUGGGCUUACAUGGAAGACGGUGCUUGCGUUCCUAGAUGAUGUCCUGGUCCUAGGUCAAGAUUUCGAUAGUCAUUUGAGAAACUUGAUAGACACUUUACGUCGGUCCAGACAACACGGUUUAAAGUUGAAGCCCCGGAAAUGUAUUCUCUUUCAACGGGAAGUGGAGUUUUUUGGCCGGACAGUUACAAGUAACCAGCUGAAGAUGACUUCAAAAGCUAUACAGACAGUUGCUGAGUGGCCCGUUCCAGUUUCAUCGAAAGAUGUAGAAAGGUUCCUUGGAUUGGCUAAUUACCAUCGUUCAUUUGUUAAGGACUUUGCACAAUUGGCUCAGCCUUUAUACAAUAUAACAGGAAAGAAUAAAUUUCGGUGGUAUGACAAGAGGCUUUUGAGGCAUUAAAGAAGGCACUCAUCCGCCAGUAUUGAGCCUUCCAAACAGUAAAGAUCCAUUUAUUUUGGAUACAGAUGCUUCAGACGUGGCAAUUGGUGCUGAACUUAUCCAGUUGCAAAACGGGGAAGAAAUAAUUAUUGCUUAUAGCAGUCUGUCUUUAACCCCAGAACAGCGAAAGUAUUGCACAACCAGAAAGGAACUAUUGAGCAUUGUGAGAUUUACCAGUCAUUUUCGGUAUUAUUUGCUGGGGCAAAUGUUUACAGUGCGAACAGAUCAUUUCAGUCUGACGUGGUUACUGAAGUUCAAGGAUCCCCAAGGACAGUUGGCUAGAUGGAUUGAAGAGUUGUCCCAAUACCACAUGGUUAUUCAACAUCGGCCGGAGGCGCUUAACAAAGAAGAGCUGCUAGAAUAUUACAGACUCCGGGACAAGCUUGUGGACGAGUACGCCGAUGACGUUCUAAAAGCCGAACUCGUCGUGCUGGGGAUCGGGGCCGUCUCCGAAUACGAGAUAACGCCUCGUGACGUCAUGUCUGGAACGUCAUCGGCGUCAGUCUUUAUAGAAGUCCUUCAGGAACGUUCCGUGAUUGAACGCUUCAACCGGAUGUCAAGGUUCAUGCCAGGUUGUGGCAGCUCCGAGGAUCGCGAAUCAUAUCAUCGAUACGUUUUUGAUUCGAGGUGUGCAACUAGGGUCAGGUUUACACCCAACGCGGAUGAUUUGAACAUCAACGAUCCGGAUGUCUGAGUUUUAAUCGAAUACCGAGACUUGGUCAUCCGGUCCAUCGUUUAUACAAAAAGUCCGGAGCCUGUCAAUGACAGAAUCUCGAGUAUUGGCAGCGACACUACCAGCAGCUGAGCUUCACACAUUCUAAGCUCAACUGAUUCCGACACGAGCUCCACUGAAAGCUCGUCGUCGGAGGUCUCGACGAACGCUUGCGAAGGGUCAAGUUAUGAUUUUGCCGGUCACAGAGUGCGAGGAAGUGUUUUUGUUGUGGAGGAAAUCCGAAGCUUUUGCAGUUAUUUAGACACCUAUUCUUCUUCCUCUCUGACUUCCUUGUACCCCGCCACAUCUUCAUUCUCCUUGUGUUUCUCGAAUGACAGUGAGUCUUUAAAAAGCAGCAUGACUGGCAAUUUAUCUGUGAUAGAAGAAUUGGCACAAGUAGAAAAUCAAAGUUCACCCAAUGUUGACAAUCCGGUGGAAGAACACCAUUUUCUUAGUGAUAAUAAAGCAGCAAACGUUCAAUGUUGCACAGAUGAUGUUGUUGAUAAAGCGGCAAAUGUUGAAUGUUGCAAAGAUCAUGUUAAUGAUAAAGCGGCAAAAGUUGAAUGUUGCAAAGAUCAUGUUAAUGAUAAAGCGGCAAAAGUUGAAUGUUGCAAAGAUCAUGUUAAUGAUAAAGCGGCAAAGGUUGAAUGGUGCAAAAAAGAUGCUGAUGAGAUUUCCGUUGACAACAGUUUAGAUUUGUUUUGGUGCAAAACUGACCCAGAAGAUGCUAACAAUGCGCAAGUAGACGAAAACGCGUUUUCAAUUCACAGAAUAAAUAACGCAGCAACAGAAAACGUAAAAGCUGCAGUUGAACAUGAUGUGUCUGCAAAAUCAAGUAUUGAAAAUGAGAUCGUUGCAGACGCGUUGUCAGAUUUUUGUGUGGAAGAAAAGAAACGCCAAAAGUUAAAUCUCUCAAAACUGUUUCGAAGAUUUUUUAGAAGAAAAUAAUAAUAAGAAAACAACAACCAUAACAAAACAACAAAACACCUCAACUGUUCAGAUGAAUUUUUAGAAAAAAAGAACAAAAAAAAGGUAAACAUUAUUGAAUGCAGCUUUUAUACAUUGUACUGAAUGUAGAACAUUUGCCCCUUCGGACAUCUGCCCCUUCAUGAAAUCGGGACUAAACGGACAUCUGCCCCUUCACUAAAAUUCUCAAGGUGGACAUCUGCCCCUUCACUAAAAUUCUCAAGGUGGACAUUGCCCCUUCACUCAAUUUCUCAAGGUGGACAUUUGCCCCUUCACUCAAUUUCUCAGGGUGGACAUUUGCCCCAUUCGGACAUUAGCCCCUCUAUUGCAUUGUUUUUUUUAUCAUUAUCUUUAUUUACUUAUUUUCAAACAUGCAUGCACAUAAUAAACACAGGCGAGUUGGAAGCUUGUAGCAUUCCCAACAAAUCGUGCUCUUAGAUGAGUUCUUCUUUGUAUACAAGUGACCAUCAUAGCAGAGUUUUUGAGAGCUCGUGCUGAGAAUAACUUCCAUGAUGAAAAUAUGAGUUAUGAAGAUAGUACAUUUCUGCAUUCUUUUAAUAUCAUUUGUAUCAGUUAAUAAACUAAUGUCACUUGUAUAAAUGUGAAAAUAACUGUGAAAACUACUUGCCAAUUAAUAGUAAUAUUGAUAAUAAGAAUACUUAAACAAUUUAAUGUAACAAUUUUUUACCAUGAAACAGGUGGUCUGCAAUUAUUCAAUUAAAUUAAGGUAUUGAUCUAUAGCAUCAAAGGUAAAGCAUAAUAGCAAUUAACAUACAUGCCAGAAAUGUUCGGGUCCAAAUCGGGACAGUCCAUUAAAAAUGUCGGGACAUUUGACCAAAAAGCAGGACACCUAAAACGAUCAAUCAUGCCACAUUUACUGAAGUCAGUAAUCAUCUUAUUACUUACUGUUGCAUAGUGUAACUAGAUACAGACUAUAGAUAGCUGCAUGCUUGAAUAACCUUACUAUUACAUUGUACAGUGAGCUGAUAAGCCAGUAUCACUUGAGCCACCAACGUAGUAACAUCAUUAAAGAGUAUAGCGCAGAUUUGUGUUUGUUAUUACUAAGACUAUUCACAUGAGUGAAAGAACAACUACGCAUAACAUCAAAUAUGAAACAUGGUGUCAGAAUUUGAGUGAUUUAUCCACAUCACAUAAGUUUAAAAAAUGGAUUUAAGUGGCAUCCAAGCUCCGCGAAUGGACCGGAACUCGUCCAAUUUACCCGAAGCAUUCGACAAAUUUGAACGUCACGUGAAACUCAUGUUUAGUGGACCUUUGAAGAACAAAUCAGAGGAAGAACAUGUAUCAUAUUUCUAAUUGUGGAUUGGUGACAGAGGACGUGACAUUCAUAGCACGUGGAAAGACAUUUCACCAGAAAAUGCAAAGAAGAUAAAAACAUAUUAUGAACGUUUCAGAAAUUACGUGCAGCCAAUAUUAAAUCCGAUCUUUGCCCGGUAAGACUAUUCACAUGAGUGAAAGAACAACUACGCAUAACAUCAAAUAUGAAACACUUACAAAACCUCAUAAUUUCUGGCAAAUAUUGGCGAUAAAUGUGUUUAGAAUUGCAUGAACACAGACGUUCUCCAUUUUCCGGAAGUAAACAAACAUGUGCACUAUGCGGAUGAAUCCAUUUGGGACUAAGGCAACGUUCAACAGGAUGUUGUUUUUAGCACUGUUUUUAUUCAACCAAUCAUCCAUUAACUCUAAAUUUAGAUUGAUGCAAUAUGUACACAUUAUUUUCAGUAAAUCAGUCAAAAACGAAAGUAAAUUUAUGUCUCUGGUAUCGGUCAGCGCUCGAUUUGUUUUACAUAUAAUACACUGAAUACCGCGUAAUAAUAGUAUCUUUGGACUUAAUUUGGGUCUUGAAAUACAAAAGCAAUCUGCUUAAUGCACUACGAUGCAUCUAUCACUAACAAUUAACGACCUUUAUCAUAAAAAUACCUAGUCCAAAUAAUUAGACGUAAUCUACCGAUUACGAUGUAUAUCGACCUCAUAUUUAUAGGAGUAAAAAAUACCCUGGUGUGAAUGCCCGAUAAAAUCAAUAAUUUGCUGAUAUAUCGCUGAUAAGGUGUCAAAAACAACACUGGAUCUCUCGACUAGUAGAUAUGGUUUGUUAAUAGGGGCCAAUAAAGGGGUUAGCGAUGGUAAUUAAAGCCAGACGGAGCUUGAUUAGGGAAUUUUAUUGUGAACUUAUAGAGCGUAUAUCGUUUUGCACGAAUGUCGGGACAAAUAGUGUCACAUCGGGACAAACACCCCAAAAACAGGACUGUCCCGCCAAGAUCGGGACGUCAGGCAUGUAUGGCAAUUAAUGAUAUUUGUUAUGUCAUUAACAAAUAUAACUGUGAACAUAACUGUGAAAAUUACUUAACACUUUAUAUUGAUAAUAAGGAUAGUUAAACUAAUUAAUGUAGCUGUUUUUUACAAUUGAAGAGGUGGUCUGCAAUUAUUUAAAUCAUGAAGGUAUUGAUCGAGAGCAUCAAAGAUAAUGCAUUUAAAUGUAAAUACAUUUGAAAAAGAACAUUAAUAAAAUAGAAUAAUGGAAUUAUCUUUUAUGAAAUACUUUAUUUCAAAAAUAAAUAUUUAUAAAAUUAUUCAAUGACACAAAUAACACAAAUUAAAAUGACUCAGUUGAGUUCUGUUUAAAUUAAAUUCAUUUGAAGGAACAAUUAUCAAACAAGGAGAAUGACAUGUAUAACCUAUUAGCAUAUCAUGAAUGAACUCUCGUCAAACCAUCAUUGAAUUCACAACCUUAGGCACUAUUGAAAUAUAGUCUGAAGAUGAAAUGCCAAUUAACCUUCAGAAAUGGAGUGAAGGGGCAAAUGUCCACCUUGAGAAUUUGAGUGAAGGGGCAGAUGUCCACCUUGAGAAUCUGAGUGAAGGAGCAGAUGUCCACCUUAAGAAUUUGUGUGAAGGGGCAGAUGUCCGUUUAGGCCUGAUUUAAUUAAAAGGCAGAUGUCCGAAGGGGCAAAUGUCCGUAUACCCAUUGGACUAUACUUUAGUUGUCGUGAUUCGGAUGCGACUUAUUUUUAACCAGGUUUUCCGAAAGAAAAAACGGGUUAUUAGAUUGGCGAAUGCGGGCGGGCUGGCUGGCUGGCGGGCGGGCGGAACAAGCUUGUCCGGGCCAUAACUAUGUCGUUCAUUGUCAGAUUUUAAAAUCAUUUGGCACAUUUGUUCACCAUCAUUGGACGGUGUGUCGCGCGAAAUAAUUACGUCGAUAUCUCCAAGGUCAAGGUCACACUUUGAGUUCAAAGGUCAAAAAUGGCCAUAAAUGAGCUUGUCCUGGCCAUAACUAUGUCAUUCAUUGUGAGAUUUUAAAAUCAUUUGGCACAUUUGUUCACCAUCAUGGGACGGUGUGUCGCACGAAAGAAUCACGUCAAUAUCUCCAAUGUCAAGGUCGCCACGACUAAAAAUAGAUUUUUUUUUAAACAAACUUACAAAGGGGGUUAAUUUUGUUUGUUCAUUUCAAAAGUUCAGUUUGAGUUUUCUCCCUUUAUCAGAUUUUUUUUCACAAUGAAAACCUGGUUUUGUGACAAUUUUGUCCCUUGUUUCCUUUAACUUGUGCAAAACGGUAUUCAAUAGCCUUAUAGGGAAACCCGUGGCGUGAAACGAUCAAUCGUUUUCAACAACGUGACACAUCAGAAACUAUGGUCAAAGUUCUUUGAUAGCAUCAAAAAAGUAUGCUUACCCACGGAUAAACCACGUAUUAUAAUUUUCUGUGGUGACAUCGAAAGCAAUCAAGGACCAUCAAAAUAAGAUAAAUUACACCGGAAUACAACAGCAACAAACCGACAAUUACUCUGGCACGAUGCGCAGGGUAUUCCCUCCACUGGUUCACCACAACCCCGGAAAAGACCAUUUCCAGAGCACCGCCGGACCCCCAGGAAUAGCAACCCAGAACGAGCACCACCGGACCCACAGGAAUAGCAACCCGGCACGAGAACCGCCGGACCUCCCAGGAAAAGCAACCCGGAACGAGCACCGCCGGACCCCCAAGGAAAAGAAACCCGGCACGAGCACCGCCGGACCCCCAGGAAUAGCAACUCGGCACGAGAAUCGCCGGACCCCGAGGAAUCAUGCAAAAUAUCAAAAAAAUUACUAGUUAUGUCUAAAUAAAACAUUUGCAUAUAAGGAAAUGCAUUUUUGAAACGAU